GAAGGUUUAUAUUUUUCAGAGAUCGCGGUUUUAUUUUAUAAUGAGAUGGGCUUGAGCAGAGCGCUUUUUAGUUUGUUUUGAUUUUCAGAAAAUCGUGGUUUACUUGUCGUUUAACUUGAAAAUUCCUUUACAGCAUUAUGAAUACUUCAAGCUUAUUUUCGAUCAUUAUUAUUACCCUUCUAUUACAUGAUCAUUGCAACUGUCAAAAUGCUCCUAAGGCUGGUCAAAUAUCAUCAAUGUCCAAACCAAAAGAAGGAGAUUCAGCAACUUUUGGGUGUAAAGCCCAAAGUGGCGAUAAACCACUUUAUUUCAAAUGGUUCAAAGACGGUGAAGUGAUCAAUAACCACAAUACAAUUAGAAUUGAAUAUUUAACAAAAGAUUCAGCAAUCUUGGUUAUUGAUCCGAUUUCUGUAAAUCAUAAUGGCAAUUACACUUGUGUCAUUAGCAACAUCUAUGGCAGAGAUUCAUCAUCGAUACAAAUUAGUAUUGAAGGUCCACCAAAAUGGUUAAAUAAACCCGAAAUGCUUUACAAUGUUCAUGUGAAUGAUGAAUUACGGAUUCCUUGUUCUGCAGUAAGCUCACCUAUUGCACAAGUCAUUCUGAAAAUGUUUAAAGGCUCAUCCUGGGAGGUUAUCGAUGAUGUUAGUAUAAAAAAAGCAGAGAACCAAAUCGUUGUAUCAAAAGUAGAAAAAGUUCAUGAAGGAAAAUACGGAUGUGAAAUAUCAAAUGGAAUUGAACCAAAACUUUGGACAGAAUUUGAUAUUAAAGUUAUUGUUUAUGUGACCCAUUGCUGUGCAACUUUAUGUUUUGAAUAAUCAAAUUUUUUUCAGCGCCAACAUAAAAUGAUUGAAUACUUGUUUUUGUUGGUAUUGUUAUCAUCAAUGCAAUGCUAUUACGGACAGGAAAGUCCAAAAGUAGCUCCCUUUUCUUCACUUGUUAAACCUGUGAUUGGUGGCAGAACCUCAUUUACUUGUCAAAGUAUGGCCGGUGUACCACCUUUACAAAUCGCUUGGUUUAAAGAUGGUCACAAAAUAAACGAAUCUGCCUCAACUCGGAUCAGAACAAACGAAGAAUCAUCAAUAUUGAUUAUGGAAUCAAUAUCAUCGAGUCACUCGGGAAAUUAUACUUGCAAAAUAUCCAAUAGAUAUGGACAUGAUUCUUACUCUUCGGAAUUGUUGAUAGAAGGUCCACCUUUAUGGGUCGAAAAACCAACUAAUAUCAAAUCGGAAAUCGGUAGAAUGCUUACAAUUCGAUGCCUCGUCUCUGGCUAUCCUAAGCCAAGAGUUCAAUUGAAAAAAUUGAAGGGGCUAUCAUGGAUACAAUUGACCGACAAGGACCAGAUAAUAAUGGUAAAUCGAGAUUUUUCUAGCGGUGAAUUUCAAAUUCGUAGUGCUACUCGUGAUCAUCAAGGCAGAUAUGGAUGUGCUGCUUCUAAUGGUAUUCAACCUGAUCUAUGGACAGAGUUUGAUGUUAUUAUUGAUGG